UUUGGCCUGUGUGCAGUUGCAGAGCCGCCUUCUUUACCGCAGUUCUUAUUUUCCUCUGUGGUGAAAACAAGAAGAUGGGGUCCUGUUUGAUUUUAUUGGGUCUGCUCUCUAUCUGCAGCUUCUGCUUCAGUCAAGAGUGUGGUCAAGAGUUAUUCGUGAAUGUGGAUUUCCCGGGAACAGAUAUAACAUUCCUCUACUCUCCGGAUGUGAAGCACUGUCAGCAGCUGUGCACCGAGCACCCCUCCUGUCUCUUCUUCACCUUUAUUCGACAAGACUGGACCAGAGAUAACAGGAACUUCUACUGCUACCUCAAGGUCCCUCCCUCUUUAAAGCCCAAGGCCCCACUACAGGGUGUCACUUCAGGCUUUUCUCUCAAAAAGUGCCCCUCAGAGCUACAACAAUGUCAGUCUCAGCUGUACCAGAACGUGGACUUCCUGGGGGCAGACUACAGAUCAUUGUUCACAUCCAGUGAUGAAGAGUGUCAGAGGGUCUGCACGCAGGACCCCGACUGUCGGUUCUUUACUUUUGUAAAUGGCAUCUUCACACCAGAGAACAUAAGAUACAAAUGUCACCUUAAACACAGCUGGUCAGUACCGAGGACUCCUGUAAUAAAAAGAGAGGCUGGCGCAGUAUCUGGAUUCUCCCACAAUCUGCAAAUAACUCAAUACUUUCAACCAGUUUGCCAGGGAAAGCUUCUUUUAAACACUGACGUCCAGGGAGACAACAUUGAAAAGCUGCCCGCCGCCUCUGCUGAACACUGUCAGGCUCUGUGCACUGAUAAUCCACGCUGUACAUAUUUCUCUUAUACCAGCGAUAACUUCCAAUGUAACUUGAAGGGAAAUCCAUCUGAAAUGGUGACCAGAGCCAAAGUGGGAGUCACAUCUGGGAUACCGGUGCACCUCUGCUGGAUGAAUGACAGUUGGCUUCAAGUGUCUCAUGAAGGAGUCAAUUUCCAAGGUUCUGACAUUCGCUUUGAGUCGACGGAAUUUCCAGACAUAUGUCAGAGGACCUGUUCUAUAGAUCGUCUUUGCCAGUUCUACACCUACUUCAAUGAAUCCUACUCCAACCCUGAUUUAAGGGGGCGCUGUUAUCUCAAGCGUGUCAUCACAGCACCUUCUCCUACAACAGUUAAGAAAUUGAAUAAUGUCGUGUCUGGAUUCUCCCUGAGGAGCUGUGCAUAGACAGACAGACAGACACACACACACACACACACACACACACACACACACACACACAA